AUCUCAUUAAGUCCCUCACACACUUUUAUCUCUGACUCACGGCAGAGAUGAGCUACAGCGACCACUACACCUCGUCAUCCUACCGGAAGAUUUUCGGGGACUCUCCCCGGGUCCCCGUCUCCUCCUCCCGCUUGGGCUCCACUGCAACUCGUGUCUCCUCGGCGGGGCUCAGGUCCAUGAUGGCUGUGUCCCGUCCCAGCAUGUCAUCCUUGAGCAUGACCCGGCGGGUCGGCCGGUUCUCCACCUCCUCCUCCUCCUCCUCCUUCAUCCCGAUGCACACCGACUCUGUGGACCUGACUCAGACUUCUGUGGUCAACAACGAACUCAAAGUCAUUCGAACUAACGAGAAGGAGCAACUGCAGGGCCUGAAUGACCGCUUCGCCAUGUUCAUCGAUAAAGUGCGGCACCUGGAACAACAAAACAAAGUGUUGGAGACAGAGAUGGGGACUCUGCGACAGAAGCAAAACGAGCCGUCGCGUCUCGCUCAACUCUACCAGCAGGAGAUGAAGGACCUGCGGUCACAGCUGGAGGAGCUGGGCAGAGACAGGAACCGCAUCCUGAUCGAGAAGAGCAACAUGGACGAUGAGCUGCAGAGGCUCAGUAUGAAGUAUGAUGAGGAAGUGAGCGUGCGGGAGGAGGCUGAGCAGACCUUGAAGACUUUCAGGAAAGACAUGGACAACGCCACAGUCGUUCGUCUUGAUCUGGAGCGCCGUCUGGAGGCACUGUCUGAAGAGAUCACCUUCCUGAAGAAGGUCCAUGACGAGGAGAUCCAGGAGCUGAGCAGCACGAUGGAGGUGCAGCAGGUCUUAGUGGAGCGUGACCUGGUGAAACCAGACCUCACCUCAGCUCUGAAGGAGAUCCGCAACCAGUACGAGUCAAUCGCCUCCAGAAACCUGCAGUCGGCCGAGGACUGGUACAAGAACAAGUUUGCCAGCCUCAGCGAGCAGGCCACCAGGAGCAACGAGGCCAUGAGGGCCAGCAGGGAGGAGAUCAACGAGUUCAGGAGGCAGCUGCAGUCCAAGACCAUCGAGAUAGAGACCCUGAGAGGCACCAACGAGUCUCUGGAGAGGCAGAUCACUGAGAUGGAGGACACCCACAACGCUGAAGUCACGGUCAUGCAGGACACGAUUGGUCACCUGGAUAGUGAGCUGAGGAACCUAAAGGGGGAGAUGGCCCAGCAUCUGCGAGAGUAUCAGGACCUACUCAACGUCAAGAUGGCCCUGGACAUCGAGAUAGCCGCCUACAGGAAACUGCUGGAGGGGGAGGAGACUCACUUUAACACAGGGAUGUCUUUCAAUGCUGCCAGCUACAGCUACCAGCCUCGAGUGUCUGCCGGCUCCUCCAAGAGCAGCCAGAAGGAGAAAGAAGGAACCUUGAAGGAAAGCUUCAAGGAGAUCAGUGAGGACAAAGAUGAGAUAGACAUCAACUCCAACUGAAUUCAGAGCCAGACAGAUAUAUCAUAAUAGGUUGUCUAGCAGCAAGUUAAAUUGGUAAACGUGUUUUAAACUUUUAUAGACUUAAGCAGGUGAGCCUUUUUGUGAAGUGGCUAAAAUCUGAUGGUGAGAGUGCAUGUUUCAGGCUGAUUCCUGGCAAAGAGCCUGUGUCAGUACCCUUUAUGAUGACACUAGAUUAUUCCUUCAAUGUCAGUUCUUUGGGGUCAUAUUUAAUGCCUUCAUGCUAAAGAAUACAAACUUAAACAUCAUUCCUGGGGCAUCAGUUUCACCAUGAGGACGUUACUAAUUAUGACAUAUACUGAAUGUUUUUGUGCCAGAUGAGACAGACGUUAAAGAAACCAAAUGUUAGCACCGUUUGUGUUGUUGCACUGUUGCACAUUGCACCUUUAAUAGUUGUGAUUGUGUUAGAGCCAGUGUUGUGGACACAGUUCACUGUGAUGAAAAAUUAUACGGUGACAUUUAUUUAGUAAGCAUCGAAGAGGGUCACGUUUAAAUGUAGGAUGACUGUCCUGUGUGUCUGUACUUAAACUGAAUAAAAUACAAAAAAAAUGA